AUGAAACUCUUCGUGUGCUUGUGCUCUGUAAUUCUCACCUCGGCGCAGUACACUGCAAAAAUGGUGAUAACGUACGGAACGCCGACAUCCUCGACCACAAGCACAGGCGAGACGUCGGUCGACUGGUCGACGUGCAUUCAGAAUUGUCUGUCACUUGACACGUGUGCGAUGGUUUAUCGCAGUGGCGACGGAACGAAAUUGUGUGUUUCCUAUCCGUACGGAGAUAUUCAAUCGGUUCCCUAUAGUGAUGAGAGUGUCAACGAUCGAGUCGGUUUGAAGGCAGGCUGUUACGUUUCGAGAUUCUUUUUUCUAGUUGAUAUUCACAGGUGUGGCUAGACUCCGAUGGGGUGUGUCAGGAGGAUGUGGCCACAAUGUUCGCCGCUAAGUUUAACCUUUAUGUAAGUUAUUUUUCUCUAUUUCACGGCGGGACCAAAAGUGUAGAAAGGGGGCGCCCGGCCCGCUCGGGCCGGAAGUUAGACCUCAAAAAAAAUAUGCAAAAAAAAUAUGAAGGAAGAGGAAAACGCGUGCGGCAAAAUUGCUAAAAUGGCGUGCCAGAGUUGCAAUUUCUAUUUUUUAACAGGUUUUUAUGCUAUAACAUUGCCUUUUUAAGUCUAUAAAAUUAUGUUCGUUUCGAAGUUCUAGUUCGCUUUGAAUUUUUAGGUGCAUCCUCCCGGGCCGACCGGGCCGGGCCGGAAAAUUUCCAAUUUUGGCCCGGCCCGGCCCGUUGCAAGUCUGGUUUUGAGACGAAGUGAGUGUCGGAAGUGAUUAAGCACGUUAAUACAAGUAUUUUAAGCGUUGAAACGGCAAAAAGUAUCGGCGAAUGACUGAAAUUCGCGCAUUUUCAGCACAAAACUUGAAAAUCCGAUUCAAUUGAUUCAUUUCUGAAUGAAACCUGCUCGUUUUAAGCUCAAAAAGUGCGCGAUGAUUAACGUUUAACAAAGUUAUUAUGCAAUUACAUCGUCGAAACCCGCACAAAAUUUGGGUAAUUUUUGACGAAAAACAUGUGAAAAAUGGGGUUAAACUUCGAAUUUCGCGCCAAAAUAAACCGUGCACGCGCUAGGCCCCACGCCCCUUUCUACGUUUUUGGUCGCCGUGAUUUAUUGAUUUCCAAUUUCCAAUCUUACAGCAAGACAAUUCCUCGCACACGUACCGCAUUGCCGCCAAUAACGACACUUCGAGCUUUACGUAUACAUACUUAUAGUAUUCCUACUUUCCGACCGUGUUUUUUAGAGUUAAGAUGAAUAAAUUUGAGUUUUUGAAACUGCUCGCUUGGCUCACAAUAGAUCUUGAGUUUGAAAAUGUGUUCGAAGCUCGCAAUAUCCACUACAAGUGUCCUCUUGUUCACAAGCGCCUUAAGAAGAGCGUUAAGAGUCAGUGGGAUGCAACCACCUGACAGCGGGCGGGUUAAUCCCAUAAUAGUGUGUAUUGUUGUGUUUCGACAAGAACAACAACGAACGGCCACCACGAAUCUUGUUAUGGGCCACGCCCACACUUGUCUGAGACCGAUGAAUGGAACGGUCGUUAGAGGCCACGCCCCUUUUGACGGGCGGUUGGUCGGGUGACCAGAGUUGACCGAAAAGACAAUACUAAUUGGUGUGGUGUGAGUCUAUACAAUUCCUGAAUCAAUUUUUCAAUGAAAAUGUUUGCAGGACAAUGUUCAAAAUGCCGUCGACGUCGCCGCCAACAUCGUCGGCAUCGCCGCCCGGCGCCGAAGAGGAAUUCGAGCCGUACGUUCGGCGAAAAAGAUCGGAAGGCGGAAAUCGGAAGAAGAUGCAGGGGCUCAACGAGCAGGUGAGCGCAGCCAGUUUCUCAGUGACCAUCUCAAAAAUCCGAAAGCCCGUUCAGGAGCAAAACCUGCUGCGCAACUCGAUAAACAGUCGCGAACGUCGUCGGAUGCACGAGUUGAACGACGAGUUCGAGGCGUUGCGCGAGUGUCUACCCUACCCGAACGAGGCGAAUUCGCGACGGAUGAGCAAGGCGAACACGCUGUUGCUGGCCUCGAAUUGGAUAAAACAUUUGACGAACGACAAGCACAAACUGACGAAUGAGCUCAAGGCGGCCUACGCUCAGGUAAGGGCUGUUCGCCGCAAUCUGGCCGAAUUUCUAGACCGCUAAAUAAUUUUCCACUGAAAAUGUGGCCCGAACUUUUCAAACUCGGCCCCCUAGGUCGCUCAAUUUGCACUGCAAAACGAGUUUUUCAACAGAGCGCCAUUUCUGUGCGGUGCCCAGCGCUGGGCAAUUAGCCGGCCCUUGACCUGGACUUUUGAACCACUUGCAAUAUUCCGAUCGGCGUCAAACUUUGCAGGAUUGUUGGACUUGGAUUGAGGGCCAUUGGGUCCAAAUUUCAGCUCGAUCGGAUUGUCGGCUCCCGAGAUAUGUGGAUCAUUGGCCGACUUUUUCCAAAAAGCCCGGGCUUCCGGACAAUGAUCCACAUUUCUCGGGACCAAAUAAUCGGAUCGGGCUGAAACUUGGUCCCAAUAUGCUUCAACCCAUGUCCAAGAAGCCUGCAAAGUUUCGGUCCGAUCGGAAUAUCGCAAGUGCUUCAAAAGUCCAGGUAAAGGCCCCUAUAAUACAUGGCGCCUGACUUCCACCUAAACACUUUUUUCCCAGAUCGAAAUGCUUUCGGCCCAACUUCAACAAAACCGUGCGUCUCUUCCGUCGGUGCCUGCCACGUCAUCAUCAGUUUCCGGCUCGAAAUGCUCGAAAUGUCAGCAGAAUGCGUGUUUUUCAGUCGAUUGUAUCACUUCUUCGUGA